AAUAACAUUGUGGCCUACAGACUUUUAAAGACCGGGGAGUUCAGAGGUUCCAUCGGACCGUGGCUACCAUGAGCACUGAAGAACAAAAGCCAACAGAUGGUCAAGUCACACACUCAACUCUGGGGAAGAACAUCUUUAAAAGCAGAGUUCUGUUGGACGUCCUCUCCAAACUUGGGCUGAAGAAAUAUUAUCCAAACAACCUCAGUCUUCAGUCUAUAUUGGAAGUCAACAAAAGCAGCAUACAUGAAAACGCUGUUUUAUCAGUGGAUGAAAUGCCAUUUCAUUUCCUAAGAAAACUGUUUCAAAUCAAUGCUGGGUGCAGGAAUUGCACACCAUUACUGAGCAGUCAUGAGGAUGAUGAUUAUAGCUUUGACACAGACCUUUACACUGCAAAUGACCCCUCUGAAAACACAGUCCAUCCUCUUGACCUAAUUGUAGGUCUAUUUCUAUGUGCAGACAGCUUCUUGCAGCAGGAAAUUGCCCUCAAGAUGUCGUUAUGCCAGUUUUCUGUCCCGUUGCUGUUGCCCCAAACCAACUCCAAUCAGUGUACCCUGAUGAUAUGGGCUCUUAGAGAAAUUGUCAAAGAGUGGUGUCCACAUGAUAUGUGUCAAUCAAGAGGAUUUGUAGAGGACAAUAUUGUUCAGGCUAAAAUACCAUUAAUUUCCUUUGUAAGGUUAAAAAACUGCAGUUCAUCUAAAUCUCAGUUUUUAAAUCAAGUUCUCAGCUGUGGCCAGCAGAAUCACAAUAUGUUCAUACACAGAGACAUGGAAGGAGGAGCAUUGACUCGAACACUGUCAAAUGGUUUGGUGGAAGUUUGCUGGUUCCUUCCUUGUGGGAGAGAAAAUCUUGACAUAUUUCCAGAGCCAGUUGCAUUUGCUAAUUUGAGAGGACACAUCUGUGAGUCACAUACACAGUUUGCUUUUCUUUAUGAAGUGUCCAAUGCAAUCUUUGUAUUCCUGGACAAGUUUGAAGAAGAGGAGCAUCACAUUCUGAAGGCUCUUCAAGAUGCAAAAUCUAAACUCUAUUUUGUUGUCCACAAAGAGAGAGUCACUGAUGAUGUCAAGAAAACACUACAAGAAUUGGAUGUACCAAAAAGCAAUGUUAAAGUCAAAAAUUCAAGAACAAAUACAGCAGAGUUUACCAAAGUAAUUUGUGGGGCCAUCAAGAACUCACUGUGUUCCAUAAAAAGCACAAUGAGUAUUGAAGAUAUGGUGGAAAAAGCAGUUGUAUUAGGUCUGACUGUGGAUGAAAACAAAACUUUUGACCAAAAAGAAACUGCAGAGAAAAUCUUGAGGGGUGUUGGUGUGCGAAGUAUACCACACUUCAAAAAACAACAACUACCUUUGCAAGGAGAAAAGUGGAAGAGAUUAUCACAACUGGAGAAGCAGGAAUGCAGAAUGAGUAAUGUUGGCACUGGUGCUGUUGAGCAUUAUAAAGCUCAGAUACAAGAAGAAAAAAUACACAUUUGGAAAGAGCAAAACAAGCAAACAUUAUCUCAAGGAAUGCACGAUUUCAUCAAAAUCUUAUCAACAAGCAACACAGAGAGAAGAAAUGUUUUCUUGAAGUGGAUGAAAUUCAAGUUUAAUAGCCAUUCUCGGGAUAAACUAACCAGACUGCGUAACACUUUCAAAGAGCAAUGCAAAACCAAUGAUGCCAAACUUAUUGCAGAGAUUGAUCAAGCUUUGUUGGACACCUCAUUAGGGGUAGAGCAUUACAUGAGAGAAAUGGGACUUCACUAUGAGGUUUCUUUUCACUCAGACAUUGCCAUGGCUAAAAUAUCACAUUUGCCUAAAGUAGCUGCUGAAAUGCUGUUGGGUGGUUAUUCAUUAGAACUGUUGGAUGGUGUUGCUUCCAACAUCCCAGAGAAGUGGGUGACAGAUGUGCUAAUGGAGCUUCACAAGAUGGUCGGGGAAAAGAGCAGGUUGCUCGUACUAACUGUUUUGGGUGUUCAAAGUACUGGAAAAUCAACCCUUCUCAACACCAUGUUUGGUGUUCAGUUUCCUGUCAGCAGUGGUAGAUGUACAAGAGGGGCCUAUAUGCUGUUUCUCAAAGUUGGAGAAAAUACAGAAAAAGAAUUGGGUUGUGACUUCAUUCUCCUUAUUGAUACAGAAGGUCUGAAAUCUCCUGAUCUCGCGCAACUAGAAGAUAGCUAUGAGCAUGACAACCAGCUGGCAACCUUUGUCAUUGGCUUAAGUGAUGUUACUAUUGUAAACAUUGCAAUGGAGAACGCAAACGAAAUGAAAGAUGUCCUGCAAAUUGCUGUUCAUGCCUUCCUGAGAAUGAAACAAAUCGGGAAAAAGACAAUUUGUCAUUUUGUGCACCAAAAUGUUGCUGAAGUUUCAGCUCACACCAGAACUCUGACAGAGAGAAAACACCUCUUGGACCAACUAAAUCAAAUGACACAAAUCGCAGCUCAAAUGGAGAGAACACCUGGGAUUCAAGCGUUCACUGAUGUGCUGGACUAUGACGUAGAAAACAACAACUGGAACAUCCCAGGACUUUGGUAUGGAACCCCUCCAAUGGCACCAGUAAACACUGGUUACAGUGAAGCUGUUUCAGAGUUCAAGAAAUAUCUUCUGGGGACAGUGCACGGAAAAAAACAAUCUAAAGCUUCAAAUAUUCCAGAGUUUCUACAAUGGAUGACGAGUCUGUGGAAAUCAGUGAAGUAUGAGAACUUCAUCUUUAGUUUCAGAAACACACUUGUGGCUCACGCUUAUGAAAACCUGUGCAAAGAGUUCAACCAGUGGGAGUGGGAGAUGCGUAAGGAAAUAUUGUCCAGACAGACAGCAGCAGAGUUAGAAGUUGUAAAUGCCAACAACAAGAAUGGCUUGGAAACAUGGAACACGUUGGUCAUGUUAAAAAAAACAGAACUCGCUGAGGAAAUAGAAUCACAAAAAAGAAAAAUGAAAGAUAAACUGGCUGAUUAUUACAGAAAGAAAGACAUACAUGUAAGUUUGUUAGAGAAAUACAAAACAGACUUCUUCAAUUCCAUCAUAAGUCUGUCAAAUGAGAUUCAAAAUUCAGUGAAUUCGAAUUUGGAAGGAGCCCUUGAGCGAAAAAUAGCUUUGGAAAAGGCUCUAAACAUAAUACAGGAGUACUGUGGUAGGAUUGAAGACAGAGUCAUGCAGCUUCUGAGCGACUGCAAAGACACCCAACUGUCUGAUGACCAACUGAGAGAAGAGUUUGACAAAAUGUGGGCUGCUGCUACUGCAUAUGUACCUGCAUUGAAAAAACAAGAUAUACCCGCAGCCGUUCUCAACCAGCUGAGGAAGAAUUGCUCAUAUCGGAACGUGAGUGAAGAUUUACAGCAUAUUAAGGACCUAACAAGCUAUGGAAAGACCAUAUUCACGAGCUAUAUGAACCAUGUUGACUCCAUAGCUGAGAAGUUCAAAAAUACUUUGACAGGAAAGUUACAGAUCUUUGCAAACGAAGUCAUUGCAACAUCAACAACGUUUGUUGUUGAACAAACUAAAUCAAAUAGUGAUUACCAUGAUUCUUUGUCAAGUGAUCUGUUGAAAGUGAUUGAUGACCUGCUAUUUAAGCAUUCCAAGCCUGACAAUUUCAACAUAAAAUUUGAAAUUGACAUCAAACUUCAUAUUUGUGGAUUUGCCGCUAGAGAAUUCCUGUUAAUGCACCAAAGAUUUUUGUUGAACAAUGACCCCCAAACACAGCUGGAGAAGUACAAGCCUCAAUAUUUGUCAGACUUUCUGGAUUUGUACAAACAGACAGAUCAUUGCCAACGCAAAGCAAAUGAUUUUGUCCAGUUUUGUAUCAAGCCUGCCAUCGAGGAUUACCUGAACAGAGUUUUGGGAAUUGACAUUGUAGAUUUUAUUUUGACAAGCAGCCAUUCAGUGGAGUACAGUUCACGUUCCUCCUUCCAGUACAACAUUCAGAAAGAGUUACUGCUGAAAUAUGACUUUGAUGCCUUUGUCAAGUACAUUCGUCAAUACAAAAUGUAUGUUAAGGAUUGGAUAUUUGAGCAGAUCUUAAAAAAAAUGCAAGACAAUACUUUAUGCGAUUUGAAGCAGAAACACCUGGAAGUUGUGGUAACCAAAAUAUUAAACGCAAUUAAGGAGAGUUUAAAAAAACUAUCAGAUGACAAUGACAAUGUUCCAGAGCUUGUAAGCAUAAUGCGCACAUAUCUGAGCAAAGACCUUGUAAUAUUAGAGGAUACUGAAAAACGCACUUUGUUUCAGAUCAAAAGCACAUGCCAGUCAUUCACCCAAUGUUUUGUUGCAUCCUUGAGCAAGUUAAAGGAAACACUCAAUGAAGAAUUCUCCUACAUUGAAGACGUACCUGAAACCCUAAGUAAACUUGCGAUAAAACCACAGGAUGAACUCUUCAAGAAAGUAUUUGGAUGCGGACACCAGUGUCCAUUUUGUAAAAUUCCCUGUGAGGCUGGAGGCAAAGAACACAAGACGCAUCAUGCUGCUGUGCAUAGACCACAAGGGCUUGGACAAUACAGAAACAGCAUCAAUGAAGUACUGACUGAAGAUCUAUGCCCAAAUGAUGUUCAUGGUGCUGCUGAAUUUCAACAUCCGGACAAUCCUGAGGUGUGGGUUCCAUACCGGGAUUACAGUACCAUCUAUCCUGACUGGCACAUUCCUCCAGACCCCACAAUGGAAUCAUCUGAUUAUUGGAAGUUUGUACUGGUACACUACAAUGAGAGAUUUGCUAAAGAGUACCUGGCCAAGCCAGCUAAAGUCCCAGAGGCCUGGAAGAAAAUCACAAGGGAAAAAGCCCUGAAGGGUCUGAAAGAUUCUUUUAACAUAAGAUAAUCUUUUGCAUUGACAUCAGUCAUAAACCUUGUGCAUGGUGUAACAUAAGUUCAUAUUGGUAACGCUCAUAAUAAAUCACAUUUCUUAAGCUGCUUUCUGGGUACUUAAUUAUGCUGAUUAUGUGCAACUACGAUGACGAUGAAAUUCUACACAAAUUACCUGUUCAAAGAUUUUCAUGUCAUUUUCAUCUAAGAGUAGAUUAAAGGGGCUGUUUACAACUUUC